AUGACCGUGCCAAUCAAGCGCGUGGCCGUCAUUGGAGCUGGGCCCGCCGGGGCCAUUGCUGUGGACGCGCUGGCGCAGGAGAAGGUCUUUACUCUGAUUCGGGGGUUUGAGCGGCGCGAAGGUCCUGGAGGAUGUUGGAUCGGCGACACGAGCCCACCACCGCCGCUGACGGGCUUUGAAGCCCUCGCCAACCGGACGGCCGACCAGCCGGUACCGGUGCCGUCGACGCUGCCGGCAGUGACGCCGAAGCUGGAGCAGCCACGGUUCGCCGAGUCGUCUGUGUAUCCGUACCUGGAGACGAACGUGGACAGCCUGGCGAUGGCGUUCAGCCAGGAGCCGAUCCCAGCGGAGCGCAGCGCGUGGUCGGUUGCGAUGCACGGCGAGGACACGCCGUUCCGGCCGUGGCGGGUGAUGCGCGACUAUGUCGAGGGCCUGUUGAGCCGACGUGGCUACGAGUCCGUCUUUGCGUACGGCACGACGGUCGAGCGGGCGGCCAAGAUUGGCAACGAGUGGGAGCUGACGCUGCGGCGCAGCAGCGACGACGGCGAGGAUGCGACGACCGACUACUGGUGGACUGAGCGGUUUGAUGCUGUCGUCGUGGCCUCGGGUCAUUAUGCCGUGCCGUACGUCCCGGCGAUCGACGGGCUCGAGGCGUUUGCCCAGCGAUGGCCGGGCAGCGUGCUGCACAGCAAGCAGUACCGCGGCCGCGACGCGUUUGCCGGCAAGCGUGUCGUCGUCGUGGGCGCGUCAGUCUCGGCGGCCGACAUUGCCGUCGAUCUCGUCGGCACGGCGCAGUCGCCCGUCCACGCCGUCGUGCUUGGUCACGUGGUCAACGGUUUCUUUGGCGAUGGCGCCUUUGGCCACCCGGACAUCCGGAAGCAGCAGUCGAUCGGCCGGGUUUGCGCCGACACGCGCACCGUCUUCUUUGUUGACGGCUCGUCCGUCGCUGACGUCGACCUUCUUCUCUUCGGCACCGGCUACUCCUGGACCCUGCCCUUCCUGCCACAGGUCGCCGUGCGCAACAACCGGGUCCCGGACCUGUACCAGCACGUCGUCUGGCAGCACGACCCGACCCUCCUCUUUGUCGGCGCUGUCGGCGCCGGCCUUACGUUCAAGAUCUUCGAGUGGCAGGCCGUCUACGCUGCCCGGCUGCUCACUGGCCGCGCAUCGCUGCCGCCGCUUGCUGACAUGCGUCGCUGGGAGGCCGAUCGGAUUCGCGAUCACGGCGACGGCCCCAAAUUCACGGUCAUCCACCCCGACUUCGAGGAGUACUUUGAGACGCUCCGACAACUCGCCGGCAACGCUUCGCCAGACGCCGGCCGGCCGCUGCCUCCUUUUCGCCAGGAGUGGUUCCGCGCUUUCAUGGACGGCCAUGAACGUCGCAAGGCCAUGUGGCAGCGCAACAACGAGGCCGCCGUAGCUGCACGCGCUCCCGGUGUCGAAGAGGCUCCGAUCAAGGGUCGGUUGUAG